AUGUCGAACAGAACUGAGAUACGAACAGACCGGGCCCCUGCCCCCCGGCCCUCAAACUCGCAAGCCAUUGUAUGCAACGGCUUGAUUUUCUGUUCUGGCGCCAUAGGUGUUGAUCCGGUAUCAUCCAAGCUUGUGGAAGGCCCCACGACAGCUCGCGCGGCUCAAGCUAUUCGCAACCUAGAGGCCAUUCUCAAAGAGGCUGGCUCCAGUCUCCAGGAUGUCAUCAAAGUGAACAUCUACUUGACGGACAUGGCAGUAUUUCCAGAGUUUAACAAAUUAUACGAGGCUUCAUUCACUGGCACUCCCCGUCCCGCCCGUACUUGUGUGUGCGUCAAGGAGCUGCCCCUGUCCACCGACGUGGAGCUCGAGCUGGUAGCUGCUGUUCCAAGUGCUUCUGAGUCUUCGCGCCUGUAA